UUACAGAAAUAUUCAAUAAAAGUGGAGGUGAUGUCAAAAAUGUGGCAUUUAAUGGCGCAUCACAGAAAAAUAUUACUAUGAGGUGUUUUACCUACAAAAUGAAGGUGGUACUAGUAGGGCUGCUUUUCCUCUGUCUCAUGGCCAUACGUUCUGAAACAACUCCUGUUAAACUCUGCGGGAGAGAAUUUGUCAGAGCUGUUGUCUUUGCUUGUGGAGGAUCACGGUGGAGAAGACAACUGGAUGAGCCUUUCUCAGAAGGGCUCAUAGGUGCAAAUGGAAAUUACAUUGAGAAGUCGAAAUCCCAAAGCAAUGAAUUCAUCCAAUACAACAUGGAGUCUGAGCAAGCUUUGCGAGGCAUGCAACAGAAGUCUGUGCACAAAAGAAGUGAGGAUCUUACGCGGCUUACGGUCACUUGCUGUACUGUUGGAUGCAGUGCAAACAGUAUAAGUUCACUGUGCUAAAAAUGUAAGAUGCUGCCAUGGAAGCUUAUCAAAAUAAGACACAUUAUGUCUAGAAUACAUCAUUUCCAAAUCUUUUCUGUCCCACUUUGUAUCUCCCAACUCUGCAGACCUUCCUAGCUGCCAUUCCGCUUAGGAUGUUGCACAAAUUGGAAAUAUUUUUAAACACUCGUGUAUCAGCCAUGUGAAGCAAUCUGCUUUUCUUUAUUCCCUAAUUUUGAAAUAA